AUGAGUAAGUACGUUGGAGGAGAUCCUUAUCAAUCUCCUACAUUCGGUCAAUCCCUAUCUUUGAGGGUUGAUGGCGGGUUUAAUGCUGUUUCUAUUAAUCCAUCAGGCAGAGAUGUCGUUUUGGCUAGUAGAACUGGUCUGUAUGUGGUUGACUUAGAUGAUCCAUUUUCACCUCCUAGGUGGUUACAACAUAUCACCCCAUGGCAGGUUGCCGAUAUACAGUGGUCACCUCACCCAUCCAAACCACAUUGGGUUGUUUCUACAUCUAAUCAAAAGGCCUUGGUAUGGAAUCUGUCAAGAACAUCCUCAAACGCAAUUGAAUAUGAACUUCAUGGUCAUUUCCGGGCUAUAACAGAUAUAAACUUCCAUCCUUCACAUCCUGAAUUGCUUGCAACAUGUUCCAUUGAUACCUAUGUGCAUGCGUGGGAUAUGAGAUCCCCUCAACGUCCGUAUUAUAGUACUAGUGAUUGGUCCGCUGGAGCCUCCCAGGUCAAGUGGAACUUGCAAAAUGCAAAUGUAUUAGCGUCGUCACACGCUAAUAGCGUUUUUAUAUGGGAUAUAAGAAAGGGAUGUACUCCGCUAUAUAAGUUAUCAGGUAACAAUAGUAGUGUGAACAAUAUUGAUUUCAACAAAGUUAAGGAAAACGAGAUCAUGUCGAGUUCAAAUGACGGGACCGUAAAAUUUUGGGACUAUUCGAAGAGUUCAACUGAGCCGCUUUUUACAAUAAAGGCAGAAUUUCCUGUUUGGAGGGGACGUUAUUUGCCGUUUGGUGAUGGAUGUUGUAUCAUGCCAAUGGUUGGGGGGAACAAUUCAAUAUAUUUGAUUAAUAACAGUUGGCGAAAUGAAAUUAGUGAGGAAAAGGAAGCAAAACUACAACCCAUUUAUGUUUUUAAAGGCCACUCUAAUAUUGUAACAGAUUUUCUGUGGAGGUCACGUCAUUCUUAUGGCACUGAAAUAGAUGAUACAGAGUAUCAACUAGUAACAUGGUCUAAGGAUUGUGAUUUAAGACUUUGGCCAGUGGCUGAGGCAACUUAUGAAAAGUUAAACUUUAAAAGAGGUCAGCGUUUACAUGAAAAGCUUCCUGAAUAUGAAUAUAACAGUUAUGGAAAGUCACCUGAAAAGACCAGAAGUACCGUGAUAGGCAAUUAUAAAGCCAUAAGGGAAAAUUUUGUUACAAAUUCUGGUCUACAAAAUGCUCAGCAGUCAUUUAACCAUUUGGACUGGGUUUCUGGUGUCAAAAUGAAUCAUUCUGAUUGCCCACAUGAUUUCUUUUCAAAAAGUACAUUGCAGAAUCUAGGCGAAGAAGUUAGUCAAGUAGGACAUAAGUUUCGAAGAAUCACAUUUGAAAGGAUCUCAGUUUCAACGGGAGAACUAGUUUUAACAUUGAAUGGACCAUGGGUGGAUAGUAAACCAGAUGAGUACACCUUUAUCAGAAUAGAAAUCAAGUUUCCUGAGAACUAUCCUGCUAAAGGCCAUCCUCCAGUAUUCAAAAUAGAGGAAAAUACUGAAUUGACAACUGAGCGCAGGAAUUUCCUGGUUUCUAGAUUAAAGGAAAUCACAGAAAAGUAUGCAGAAUCUGGGAGUUAUUGCUUGGAGCCAUGCUUACGAUUUUUAUUAGGUGAAAAUGUCGAUCUUGAGAUGUUAGAUAAUGAAGUUAAUGAAGAAUACUUGCUGAAUUUAGAUAUGGUUGAUGAGAUUGGAGAUGAAUAUUCAUCCAUACAAAGUUCUCAAGACAAUAUGGACUUAUCCGAUAUGACUGCAUCGGAAGAUGAAGAUAUAAGUGGUUAUAGAGGAGGUAAUGCAAAUAAAAACAAACUUGCUCAUGAUACCACAUUUGACAGCACUCCUGUUCCAAAAGGUUGCGGAGCUGUUUGGACACCAACUGGUCAACUAUUAUGUUUCUUUGUUAGCCAGCCGGAGAGGAAGUCGCAAUAUAUGUGGAUGGUUGGCAAUCGUGGCAAAGUUGGCGGAAUCAUGAAAAUAAACGAUCCAAUGACUAACGCGCCAGAGCCUCUUUAUGGUGAUGUUAUUAGUCAUAAAAUUAAAAGACCAAAAAGAUACGUUGAAAUACUUUAUGCUCCUCCAUAUAAUAGAAAUGAACCUGGACAAAUAGACAAUGAUUCAGAUUCAAAUGAAAGUGACGACAGUAUUGCUGACGACUGGAGUGACAUUUUGAAGAACGAUAUAACUUUGAGAACAAAGAUGCCUGUGUUUUAUACAAACUUUAAAAAUCCAAUGGGCUCAAUUCAAAGCGAAUCUGUUAGAACAAAUGAUUCAAAGGUAAAGCCUAAAAACGUUAUUGUUCUUCAUGAUUUCAGCCACUUAAUUCCAGAUAAAAUUGCGUUGGCUAAGGAAUACAGGUUGAUCGGUGAUAGCCCUGAGGCUUUAGCGAGACAUAAUGUGGCUGUUGCCGAAAAGAACGGCAAUGAUGAAUUAGCUCAAUGCUGGUACAUGAUAGUUAAUUUGUUGCUGAGCAGAGACCAAGAUAAUGUUUAUAAUUUUGGUUGGGAUGAGCACCCCCUUGGGGGUAGAUGGCUUGUUAAAGAAAUAAUGCGUUAUUUCGAGCAAACAAAAAAUGUCCAAAUGCUGGCGAUGCUAGCAUGCGUUCUCGUAGACCCUAAAAGAAGGGAUACAAAAGAAGUUUCUCAAUUGACUUCGGAAAGAAAGAACAUUUCUGAAAAUACCAUAACAUUCCAUGACGAUUAUUAUAAAACACCAUACUCUUACUCGCAGUCACAUAUGUUUAGUGAUUUUACCACUACCCCAAAUACCACAUCCGAGUUAGCAAUUCAGCAGGUUAAGCUACGUUAUACUAAUGAUUCAGCAUCCAUACCAUCAGAUGACUAUUUUAAUGGAACCCAUAACAGCAGAGCUUUUUUUGGUUCGAAAUCUAGAUCCUCCAGUGCCUUUAUGUUUCUUGAUACCCAUCCACCACUGAUCCCUGAGGUAAAAAUUGAGAUCCUUCAUGAUGAAAUCCUUGAUCUAAUCAGUGACAGAGUUCCCUCAUUAUUGGAUCCUGAAGAUGAACCAAUAUUUAGAAGGUAUCGUCGUCAAUAUGCAGAAUUACUCUAUUAUUGGGGUUUACCUAUGGAAAGAGUAAAGGUCCUAAAAUUUAACAUCAAUGAAAAUACAGAACCGGAGAUUUUGUCCUGCAUGGAUAAUUCUAAAAACAGAAAAGAAGAUUACUACGGAGGUAUAGGUUUCAAAUGGAUUAAAAAAUCUUCGUUUACUUCAAAAAACUGUACCUAUUGUGGUUUGAAGACCAAGAGGCGCAUCUUAGUUUGUGGAAACUGCCAGCACAUUCUCCACGCUUCUUGUGCGGUAGAAUGGUGGCAGCUUGAUGAAGAAUGUCCCUCUGGUUGUGGUUGCUAUUGUCCAAAGAUGUUUAAUGUUAACUAG